AUGGACUACCGGGGCGGGGGAGGAGGCAUGGAUUACCGUGGUGGCGGUGGGGGAGGGGACUACCGUCGCAGUGGUUAUAGAGGGGGCGGAUUCGACGUUGGGGGGUACCGUGGGGGUGAUUAUAGGGGGCGGGAUUAUCGGGGAGGGGGGGAGUAUCGGGGAGGGGGGGAUUAUCGGGGAGGGGGGGAGUAUAGGGGAGGAGGGGAGUAUCGAGGGCAUGAGUAUGACCGGGAGAGGGAGCGGGAGAGGGAGCGGGAUUGGGAGGGGGAUAGGGAUAGGGGUGGUGAGAGGGAGAGGGAGAGGGGGAGGGAUCGGGACCGUGAUGGGGGCAGGGAGAGGGAGAGGGAGAGGAGCAGGGAUAGAGAUAGGGAGCGGGGCAGGGACAGGGACGGCGAUAGGGAGAAGGAGAGGGAGGAGAUGGAGAAGGAGAGGGAGAAGGAGAGGGAGAAGGAGAGGGAGAGAGAGAGGGAGGAUGAGGACGGGGGACGGAGGGGCAGGCGCAGAAGGAGAGAAGAUGAUUCUGAUAACGAGGAUGAUGAUGCAGAGGAGAAAGAGAGGGAGAGGGAGAAGGAGAGGAGGAGGGAGAAGGAAGGUUCGGAGGGAAGAGGCGGCAGUGGGGAUGGGGAGGGAAAGGGUGAGCAGGAGAAGGAGAGCGAGCAGCAGCAAGAGAAGGGUAGGAGGGAGGAGGCGGAAGACAAGGCGAAUGGAGGUGCACGGGAGGGGGGAUCUCCUGGUGCAGAUGCUGACAGUCUAGUCCUUCUCUCCCUUGCACUUCUCACCAUCUUCCUCUCCCACCCGCUCACAAACUCUAACGUCUGCCAGCCAAGAAGGCCCGCACAGACGACGACGAUGGUGACUAUGGCAAGCGGGAGGAGGAGGACGUGGACGAGGCAGCAGCAGCGCAGGACAGCGUCUUUGACCACGACCAUGAGGGGCUUGACGACUGAACUCUGCCUCUCUCACUCGCUCACCCGCUGCAUCUUGCUACCUGAAGCACGCACUGAGCCGAGCCACAUUGGAAACAUUGGAAGACCGCAUGUGCCACUGCAGGCUGCAAUGCCUGAAGCCGCCAUGGGCUGCUUCUCCAGCAAGGCGAUCAGCGAUCCGUACGAUGUCACUGCGGCUGCAAAAGCCACGGCGCCGAAGCCUUCGAGCGGCGGCGCGCGGAAUACGGAGGUGUCGGUUCCGCGGAUGACGAUCGCGGACUUUAAGGCGAUGACCAACAACUUCAACCCGUCGAGCAUGCUGGGCGAGGGCUCCUUCGGCCGCGUGUACCGCGGCGAGCUUAACGGGCGCGCCGUGGCGAUUAAGAAGCUUGACGCGGGGUCGCAGCCAGAGGACGAGUUCCUAGACGGGGUGGCAGUGGCGAGCAACCUGCGGCACGCGGGCAUGGUGGAGCUCAUGGCGUUCUGCUGUGACGGCCCGCAGCGAGUGCUCGUGUACGAACUCGCGGAGCACGGCAGCCUGCACGACAUCCUGCACGGCCGGAAGCUGGCCAUAAAGACGGACGAAACGCCCAUCACGCUGACGUGGCAGCAGCGCAUGAAGAUUGCUCUGGGCGCGGCGACUGGGCUGGCGUACCUGCACGAGGAGGCGAACCCGCCCAUGGUGCACAAGGGCGUCAAGUCGAGCAACGUGCUGGUGUUUGAGGACUUCUCCUCCAAGAUCGCGGACUUCAAUGUGGCCAACGAGGCCCCGGACCAGGCGUCCCGCCUGCACUCCGCCCGCGUGCUCGGCACGUUUGGGUACAACGCCCUGAUUUCGGAGCUGCUGAUGCUGCUCACUCCUCGUGUCCAUCGCCCUCUCACCCAUCUCACUUCUCACCUGUCCACAUCCAUCCCUCGUUGUGCUGGCAGGUAUGCGACGGUGGGGCAGCUGACGCAGAAGAGUGAUGUGUACAGCUUUGGCGUGGUGCUGCUGGAGCUGCUGACGGGUCGCAAGCCCGUGGACCAGAACAUGCCACGUGGCCAGCAGUCACUUGUGCAAUGGGCCACCCACGGGCGGCUAGCAGAGGACAGAGUGAAGCACUGCGUGGACCCCAAGCUCAAGGGCUCAUUUCCCGCCAAGGCCGUGGUCAAGUUCGCAGCGCUGGCAGCGCUGUGUGUGCAGUACGAGGCAGAAUUCCGGCCGUCCAUGGGCACAGUUGUCAAGUCGCUCGUGCCACUCGCGCAAGAAGGCGCGGAUGGCGAGGACUAA